AAUCGAGGAAAUGAUAAAACGUCCCCAACAGCCACCGUCUGGUCUCCUUUUUCACCACCACCAUCGCCAUUGUCAACACUCCUCUUUUAUAACAAGGGCCGCCUCUCCGACGACUCUUGGCUUGACCCGGUGUUCACUGGUGUCUUUCUUCUUUACCUAGAGGGUCCCUAUUCAGUCUACUUUGCCAUAAGUUACUAACUUCACCAUGGAUGCGCUAAACGCGACCACCUUCGCGUCCUUCAACCAGACCAAGGACUACUUUGUUGUCCUCGAGGAGGUUUCCAAGUACAAUGUUCAGCUCAACAUCGUCGAAAAGCUCUGGGCCGCUUGGUACCUCUGGAUGCAGAACGAUACCCUCGCGACCGGCAUCAUGAGUUUCGUCCUCCACGAGCUCGUCUACUUCGGCCGCUGUAUUCCCUAUAUGAUGAUGGACUACAUCCCCUAUUUCCAACAAUUCAGAAUUCAGAAGCAAAAGGUUCCUACUCUUAAGGAGCAAUGGGAUUGCGCCGCCAUUGUUCUUAUCAGCCACUUCACCGCCGAACUUCCUCAGAUCUGGUUCUUCCACCCUAUCGCUACCUACCUCGGUAUGGACUACGGUGUGCCCUUCCCUCCUGUCUGGAAGAUGGCUCUCCAGAUCGCUAUCUGCUUCGUCAUGGAGGAUGCUUGGCACUACUGGUUCCACCGUGCUCUGCAUUACGGUCCUCUCUACAAGGCCAUCCACAAGAUGCACCACACCUACUCUGCUCCUUUCGGUCUCGCCGCUGAGUACGCUUCGCCCAUCGAAACAGCUCUCCUCGGAAUUGGUGUCGUCGGAUGCCCCGUUGUUCUCCUUGCCAUCACCGGCGAGCUCCACCUCUUCACCAUGUACACCUGGAUCGUCCUCCGUCUUUUCCAGGCCAUCGACUCUCACAGCGGCUACGACUUCCCCUGGAGUCUGCGCCACUUCCUUCCCGUCUGGGCCGGUGCUGCCCACCACGAUCUUCACCACGAGAAGUUCAUCGGCAACUACGCCUCCAGCUUCCGCUGGUGGGACUACUGCCUGGACACCGAGGCUGGUGCCGAGGCUCACAAGCGCCGUCGCGAGAAGAAGCUCGCCGAGAUUAAGGCCAAGAAGGCGCAAUAGAGUGCUGCAAAGAAAGCCUGGCACGACGACAGAUAAUCGAUUGCGGUGAAUCGAGUCCGACCCAGGGAUUUCACGACCGGAAAUAAAAUGAGGAGGGUGUUGAUCAUGAAGACUUAGACUGUUCGCAAACCGGGCACAUUGUCUCCGUCGCUAAACUCGCGGCUCGAGCAUUCGCAUGGCGUUGGGGAUGUUAACUAAGAACGACUUUUUACGCUUGUAUAUAAAAACCUGCCCUGGAGAGGCUUUAGACAUAUUUAAUAAUCAAC